AUGAAGGCUAGGUGUAAGUACUGUCGUAAAUCCCUUGGUGGGGAAACAAGUAAUGGAACUUCACAUCUAAGAACCCAUAUCAAAACAUGUAUCCAAAAGAGGAUACAUGAUGGUUCUCAAAAAAUACUUGGGCCUAACUAUAAACCUGUUGGAAAUCCUCAACUCUCUGCUUCUCAAUACAAUCUGUUCUUCCCUAAGAUAUGUGAUCUCAGACUUAAACUGAAUGAGUGGGGUCUUGAUCCCAAUCCUGUGAUUUUUGGAAUGUCUAGUCAAAUGUUACUGAAGUUUGAUAAGUACUGGGAUGAUAUCCAUCUUGUGCUUGCUGUAUCGGUUGUUUUGGAUCCUAGAUAUAAACUCCAUGUGAUUGAAUACUAUGCUGGAAAGUUUGGGAAUACAGAAACUGGUUUGGUUGCUGAGAAUAUCAAGCAAAUGAUAUGUGGUUUGAUUCGUGAUUAUCAAACCAAAGCUGAGAAAAAAUUUGGUUCUGAAACUGGAACUUCUUCUUCUGGUUCUGGAUCUGCCUCUGCCACUGAACUUGACUUUGAACUCUUUGUAAGUCAAAGGAAAAAGAGUACUUCCUUGAUUACAACUGAGUUGGAUAUGUAUCUUGCUGAGGAUAUCAUUCCUCGCACAGCAGAUUUUGAUCUGCUCUUGUGGUGGAAAUUGAAUGGUUUGAAGUAUCCGACCUUGCAAUCAAUUGCAAGGGACUUUCUGGCAAUCCCUAUUACUUCUGUGCCUUCUGAGAGUGCAUUUAGUUCUGGUGGGAGGUUGUUAGACCCUCACCAGAGCAGGCUGCAUUAUUCAACUGUGGAGGCAAUGAUGUGUACUAGGAGUUGGAUAAUGGAGGACAUGCAACGAGGUAAAAUGCAACUAUAUCUCUCAAGUUUAUUGGUUUACGUUUUAAUAAUAGUAUGA